AGGCCCUGAAAAACCUGCAGGCAUCUUCCAUGGAUUGUGAUUGAGGUGGGCAGCUCUCCCAGCAGCCCUGGGCUACACCCCAGCCGGAGGCAUGUGGCUGCCGCGCAUCUCCAGCACGGCGGUGACCGUGCUCCUGCUGGCGCAGACUGGCAUCCUGCUUUUCCUGGUCUCCUGGCCCAGGCCGCCAUCCCCAGCGGUCGGCAAAGAGCGGGUGCACGUGCUGGUGCUGUCCUCGUGGCGCUCGGGCUCGUCCUUCGUGGGCCAGCUCUUCAGCCAGCACCCCGACGUCUUCUACCUGAUGGAGCCCGGGUGGCACGUGUGGACCACCCUGUCGCAGGGGAGCGCGCCGGCGCUGCACAUGGCCGUGCGCGACGUGGUGCGCUCCGUCUUCCUGUGCGACCUGGACGUGUUCGACGCCUACCUGCCCUGGCGCCGCAACCUGUCGGACCUCUUCCAGUACGCGGUGAGCCGCGCGCUGUGCUCGCCGCCCGCCUGCAGCGCCUUCCCGCGCGGCGCCAUCAGCAGCGAGGCGGUGUGCAAGCCGCUGUGCGCGCGGCAGCCCUUUAGCCUGGCCCAGGAGGCCUGCCGCGCCUACAGCCACGUGGUGCUCAAGGAGGUGCGCUUCUUCAACCUGCAGGUGCUCUACCAGCUGCUCAACGACCCCGCGCUCAACCUGCACAUCGUCCAUCUGGUGCGCGACCCGCGGGCCGUGCUGCGCUCGCGCGAGCAGACGGCCAAGGCGCUGGCGCGCGACAACGGGAUCGUACUGGGCACCAAUGGCACGUGGGUGGAGGCCGACCCCGGCCUGCGCGUGGUGCGCGAGGUGUGCCGCAGCCACGUGCGCAUCGCGGAGGCCGCCACGCAGAAGCCGCCGCCCUUCCUGCAAGGCCGGUACCGCCUGGUGCGUUUCGAGGAUCUGGCGCGGGCGCCGCUGCCGGAGAUCCGCGCGCUCUACGCCUUCGCGGGCCUGAGCCUCACGCCGCAGCUCGAGGCCUGGAUCCACAACAUCACGCACGGGGCGGGGCCCGGCGCGCGCCGCGAGGCCUUCAAGACCUCGUCCAGGGACGCGGUCAGUGUCUCCCAGGCCUGGCGCCACGCACUGCCCUUCGCCAAGAUCCGCCGCGUGCAGGAGCUGUGUGCUGGCGCGCUGCAGCUGCUGGGCUACCGGCCCGUCGCCUCCGAGAGCGAGCAGCGCGACCUCGCCCUGGACCUGGUGCUGCCGCGCGGCCCUAGCAGCUUCAGCUGGGCGUCAUCCACUGCGGCACACCCCUAACCUUAGCGGAGGCCCCCAGUUGUGGCGCUGGGGAGGGAGCCAGG